CUGCCACUGCAGCCCACUGAUAUCAUGCUCAAGACAUACACUGGAGAGCCUUUGGCACCAGAAGGGGUCAUCAAGGUGCAAGUAAAGUUAAACAAGCAAUGUGCUGAUUUGCCCUUGUAUGUAGUUAAAGUUGAUGCACCCGCACUGUUUGGUAGAGAGUGGCUGAGAGUUAUUAAACUGAACUGGAAAGACUUAAAGACUGUGCAUGCAAUUGAGCAGAGAGAGAAAGACAACUUGGAGACGGUGUUAAAGAGACACUCAGCUGUUUUCUCUAAAAAGCUAGGCACAAUGAAGGGAAUUAAGGCCACAUUGACUAUUAGACCUAACAGUGUACCCAAAUUCUGUCCACCACGUAACGUGCCAUAUGCUCUUCGACCUCGAGUUGAGGCCGAACUAAAACGACUGACUGAGCUUGGGGUGAUCUCACCAGUGGAGCAUAGUGAUUGGGCCACGCCCGUGGUGCCUGUCAGCAAAAAGGAUGGCACAGUGAGACUUUGUGGAGAUUUCAAGGUCACCCUCAACCCAGCUCUGUGCGUGGAUAAGUAUCCAAUUCCACGUAUUGAAGACCUUUUUGCCUCUCUAGCAGGAGGUCAACGCUUCAGUAAGUUAGACUUAUCAAAUGCCUAUCUACAGAUGGAGGUAGAAGAGAAGUCUAGGGAGCUGCUGACUAUCUCUACACAAAAAGGGCUAUUUCGUUUUAACCGCUUACCGUUUGGAGUAGCAUCAUCGCCCGCUUUAUUUCAGAAGGCUAUGGACCAAGUGCUUCUCGGACUGCCGUACACGCACUGUUACCUGGACGACAUCCUGAUCAGUGGUCCUGACGAACAGACUCACCUAAAAACUCUGGAUGCAGUCCUGGGCAGGCUAGAGGAACAGGGUCUGCAUCUCAAGUCAGAGAAGUGCCUGUUUUUCCAGGAGUCCGUGGAAUACUUGGGCCAUAUCAUUGACGCAGCUGGACUCCACAAAUCACCAGAGAAGGUACGUGCCAUUGUGGAAGCACCUGCACCAGGUGAUCUCAGUCAGCUACGUUCGUUCCUAGGGAUGCUGAACUAUUACGGACGUUUCAUUCCCGACUUAGCCACUGUCAUGAAACCACUGAAUGAACUGUUAAAUAAAGGGAAGAAAUGGCAGUGGACGUCAGCCUGUGAGUCAGCAUUCCAGACAUCUAAAGCACUACUUGUAUCACAGGAGGUAUUGACCCACUACAAUCCUAAGCUGCCGCUCCGCCUCGCGUGUGAUGCUUCGCCUUAUGGGGUCGGAGCUGUGCUCUCGCACGUCAUGCCUGAUGGUGAGGAAAGACCAAUAGCCUAUGCAUCUCGAACGCUCAGCAAGGCGGAACAAAACUACGCCCAGAUCGAGAAGGAGGCGCUAGCGAUAGUCUUUGGAGUACGCAAGUUCCACCAGUACCUCUAUGGUAACAAGUUCACCCUACUCACUGACCAUCGCCCGCUGACCUCCAUCCUGAGUCCAUUGAAAAGUACACCGUCAAUGGCUGCCGCCCGAAUGCAGCGCUGGGCGCUCCUCCUGUCAGCGCAUGAUUAUACCAUUCAAUACCGGAAAGGUACAUUACAUGCAAAUGCCGAUGGACUGUCACGGUUACCACUCUCCUACACUCAUAAAGAGAAGCGGGGCGCAGUAGAGGUAUUCUACACAUCUCAGUUGGACACACUACCAGUCAGUAGUACCGAGAUCAGAUGUGACACCUUGUCUGACCCCACCUUGUCUCGUGUCUUAGAAAUGGUCUCAACUGGUCGUUUUCCAGCUGCAAAGGGAGCAGGUGAAGAGAUGUCGCCCUAUCUGUUGCGCCGUCAUGAUCUCACAAUACAACAGGGAUGCCUUAUGUGGGGUGUGAGAGUGGUCGUGCCACCUAAACUGCACCCCCGGGUUCUGGAAGAGCUACACUUAGCACAUCCAGGUGUAGUGAGGAUGAAGAGCUUGGCACGCAGUUAUGUUUGGUGGCCUGGCAUAGACUCUCAAAUUGAGCUCAAGGCCAAAUCUUGCCACUCCUGUCAGAGCGUACAAAAAGAGCCUGGGCUAGCACCUCUACACCCUUGGAUGUGGCCCUCCAGUCCUUGGGAAAGGAUACAUGUGGACUUUGCAGGUCCAUUUGAAGGACAUAUGUACUUGGUCGCUGUGGAUGCACAUUCUAAGUGGCCUGAGGUGCACAUCAUGGACAGCACCACUGCCAGCAUGACCAUUCAAGUGCUCAGGGGCCUUUUUAGUCGCUAUGGCAUUCCACACAUUCUUGUGAGUGACAACGGACCACAGUUCUGUGCUGAAGAAUUCAGUGUGUUCCUGAAGUCCAAUGGAGUCAAGCACAUCCGCUCAGCGCCAUACCAUCCUGCCACCAAUGGCUUGGCCGAACGCUUUGUGCAGACGUUCAAACAUGCCUUAAAAGCAUCCAAAGGCAUAACACGUGUGCGUCAGCGACUUGAUGCGUUUCUACUGACUUACCGAAACACCCCUCACGCAACAACGAAAGAAACGCCGGCUAUGUUGUUCCUCGGGCGCAGGCUGCGUUCUCGACUGGAUUUCCUGAAACCCAGUGUUGCUGGAGCAGUUCACAGGUCACAGGAUGCCCAACAACAACGCCGCCAACGUCACUCUAGGGCCAGACAGUUUGAUGUUGGGGAGCCAGUCCUUGUGCGUGAUUAUAGGAAAGGGGAGGAAAAGUGGGCACAAGGUGUUGUUAUAGAAAAGACAGGACCGGUGUCGUACAAGGUAAAUGUGGGAUCACCAGGGGUAUGGAAACGUCAUGUGGACCAGAUGCUGACACGCCCGGAGCCCGAGCCUCAGCAGACUGCGGGGAACCUUCCUGUAAUCCCACAGGUGUUACUACCCCAGAGUGAUAGUUGUACCACAAUGCACCCUUAUACACCUCCACCAGAAAAGAAUGAUGAUCAAGUUCCUGAGAUCAUCGAACCAUCAAAUACACACCAUUCCCCUGAACCACCACCUACGGGACAUACGCAGGUAACAGAGACUGUGAAACGCUAUCCUGUGAGGAUCACAAAACCACCAGUACGUUACCGUGAUGAGUGA